AUGGGUACAACCACGGACGGCACCAAAAGUGGACAUUUCAUGCCCAUCACAUAUGUGUACCACCCUAUACUGGACGUUGGAACUUCCUUCGAUGCAAACCUUUUCAAAUUUCUCCAACAUCCAGACGAAGGAGUCGGCGGACCUGGAUGCUACUCGAACUUCAUUGUCUUGUACCCUUCCGAAUUAUCGAUAUAUUGGCCUAGCUACUUGCCCUGCUGUAGACAGAGAAAGCACUGGAAAAUGGCAGAAAGAAUGACCAGGGAACUGCUAGAUGCUAUAUACGAGGACUCGUGUCGAGAAACUCGAGAUGAUGGAGUAAUGCCCCCGGAGCUACAAGACAUGUCAUCGGAAGUUAGGAUGCGCAAGGAGACAGAGCUCAUAGCUACAUCAGUCAAGUCCGCUGCAUAUAUGUAUCCAAACGCGAGUCCAGUACGCGCGGGGAUAUCAAGUCAGUCCAUGCUGCUUGUUUUUCUUCAUGACGAUGUUGUGGAAACUUCUCCGUUGGACGCUGUUAAUCUUAAGGGAUCCACAAUCACCGAUGCUAUAUUCGCUACAUAUGAGCCGAAGACGGGCAUCGCGCAGAGCCGUCGCGAGGCGCUGGGAGGUUUCUUGACAGCAAUGAUUGAAGAAGACCCGAGCUUGGGAAAGAGACUUCUCUCUAGUAUAUUUACCUGGCUCAAUCAUACAAAGGGGUAUGGGUCAAUCUCACCAGCAAUCUUUGAGUCGUUGAGAAAUUAUCUAGAGUUUCGAUCGGAUGAUAUUGCAUGUGAAUUUAUUAUAGCACAAGCUUUAUUUGCUUGUAACAUUCACCUCUCCGAGAUGGAAAUACAAGUAUUCAACAAUGUGGUCCGGAUAUAUGUGACUCAUAUCUCUCUCACGAAUGAUCUUUACUCCUUCGAAAGGGAAAGGGAAGAGUACGAGCGAACCGACGGACUGCUCAUCAACGCAAUCGGGGUGAUACGCAAGGUAUACCAGGUCUCUCCGGUAGUGGCGAAGCAGCUUCCUUGGGGUUUCAUUUUGGACACGGAGUGUGCGUUUUCCGGGGAGUUUAAAAAGCUAAUAUCGUCCGGCCUCUUGAACAGUGCUCAGAUCCGAUUUGUAAAGGCGUUGGCUGAAUGUCUUGCCGGGCAGAUCUUUUACUCGAUCUCAUCUGGCCGUUACGGAGGUGAUAAGGCUGCAAGGGUGAUUUCUACGUGA